ACCUCUCAGAAUGCCAAUCUUCUUGAAUCGACUUCUUCGUCUCAGUAUCACGACAGGACCUUCCAGCCUUGCGGUAUCCCUCGAACAUCGGAACCUUUGCAACCCGUCUCUGCUCUUUCCUCUAUGCUGAGUGCCCUCCACUCGCAGCACAUUCCUCGAUCACAUCCUUCCUCACAACCCCCAUUCGACCUUGACAGCCACUGGGCGGACGGAAGGAUGCGAAUGAAUCCUCACGAUUUCCAUUCCAUCUCCUACCUCGCGCUCUCCUCAAUAUGGGUCCGGCGCGGCCUUGUCACUCGGCACCGCUUCACCGAAGCCGCGGUUUUCGCUCGCCAGGUCGCGCCGGGUCGGCCCAUCUCGCCCGGACUCGAACUAGAGGUGGUGCGCUUCAUGGGCGAGAAGCUGCAACGCGACCGACAUAGUCCGGGGAACCUGGGGGUCCCAUCCUAUUUAUACGAGAUGCACGGAGUGGGAGACCCAUGGUCCUUCGGCGCUGGGCCUGGCAGCAUCCAAAACUCCCCACUGUACCCCAUUUCCCGUUUUCCGCGUGCCCUAGAAGCAUUUCUGGCGCUGUCGGACAUUUCCGGAGAGGGGGAGAUGAACGCUGUGGGACGAGGACUGGCACGGUUCAUCGUGGACAAGCUGACCGCCGUGGUCCGCGGCGAGCGAACCAACGAAGCGAUCAUGCUCUGGUGCAUCGGCAUCGUCGAGGCGCAAUGCCCACCCAAGGUGAAACUGCGCGCGCUCAUGCGCGUCGUCGACAUCGCGACGUCGUUGCGGUUGUUUCCCAACCCGGGGGCGUCCAUGAUGGCGGGAGCCUUUGGACCGUUCGCCGAUGUCUACGACUUCUUUAUGGAUUCGAUGGAGCUGGCGAUGGAGACGCUCGAAGCGGCACGGUUGGGCCGUUUGCCUUUCUCGAUGCUGGGUGGACCGACCAUGUCGAUGGGCGCCUUCCCUCGCGCGAGUCCUCAUUUUCGGAUGUCAUUGGAGGUGGAGCCGAGUCCGGCAUUGGGCCCACCGAGUCCACAUCUACACGGAGUCGGGCCGGUGGCGCUGCCCAGGAAUUUGAUGUCCGGUGGUCCCAAGCAGCUCUUGAUGAGGCAUGAGGAUGACAUUGAGGAUCUGCAGGAACGCGUGGAUAUACUUUCGGGUCGGCUGGGCUUAAUAACAGGAGGGGAUUUUUUCUCCCUGCGUUAGGAAUGGUUUGGGUUUGGGUGUCAACACGGGGGUUGCCUGUCUUUUAGAUCGCUGAGAAGAGGUUGCGAUCGUGUGGAGGGAUAUAACAGCGGCGUUGGGCAUUGUUUAUGCAGGGUCUCCGCGAUGUUUGGAAACAAGAUUUAGCUUUCUGUUGAGUUUGUACUGUUUUAGACCAGUAUAAGUACA